CGGCGCCUAGCAACAAUGCCUCCGAAGAGACAUCCAGAGGCAGUGGAUUAUCCUAGGUGGGAGGAGAGGAGUGCGAUGACCAGGAGACGUCACCGCAACAAUAGAUCAAAAUGGGACACGGAGAAGGACGACAGCAAAUGGAAUAGAGGGGAGAGUUCCCAGUUGUGGAGGCAAAACGAGCCGGUGCGUUUCCAACCCAUUAGGGAAGAGGAAGCAGCAACUGGGGGACCAGUGGGGGGUCAGAGAGAAAACGUGACAGAGGUACAGGAGAAACUAUCAAAAACUUCAAUCACUUCUCACUCAAAGGUAAGGUGGGGGAGCGAGGUUGGAGAGUAUGGAAUGGAGCAGGAAUUCUCCCAGAGGCCGGCGUCCUCUUCCUCUUCCUCGGUAGAAAGUUCGGCAGCAUCGAGAUUGAAACAGGGGUUAGAGAGGAAACAAACAGUGGACAAGAGUAGAAGAACAACGGCCCUGGACAGGAAUCAGAUGGAGGCGGUACAACGUUGCCUGGUACCUAUCUUGUGUUUACGGAUAGAGGAUAUCACUCUGUUCCUGUCCUUGGUCGGGGAAGAUGGAUCUCCAGUGAUCCCCUUAGCUGUGGUAGACUGCUGUCCGACGCCGACAAAAAUACUGGAAGUGACGAAGCAACUCUACGGCGAGCACGUUCCGGUGCGGCUAAUUCCGCAUUCCAUAAUGGAGAGCGUGAUCUUGGAGACGGUACAGGGCUAUGUCAAAAUGUACUUUCCCUUGCUGGAUGUCAGGAUCCCACCGGAAGUAGCAGGGAUCCUCCUACAUCGGGAUCUGCAGGCCCAGGUGAUUGAUGCAGAAACUGAUGUUUGGGGGAGAUGGGCAUGGAUGAAGGCGGCAAUAGGGAACGAGGAAUGGGUAUUUAUGACAGUCUAUGCUCCGACGGAUGCGGGGGAAAGGGCAAGAUUCUUCAAAAGGCUGAUGCAUCACAUACCAGUGGCUGAGAAACUAGUGCUAGCCGGGGAUUGGAACGUGUCCCUCGACGACGCCCUUAGGCCCGGGUCUCCAACAGCAGAUAGGCAAGAUGUGCGUGGUCUGCUGGAAUUCUGCUCGGAACUGGAACUCGCAGACCCGUUCCCGGUGCUGAAUCCGAAUGACCCGGGAUAUACCUGGGUCUCACAUCUCUAUAGGGACAGACAAGCGGUUACUAGAAGGAGGCUGGACUUCUUUCUGUUGGGCGAAGAACUGCAGAGCAGGGUGACAGCGGUCAGACAAGUGUGUGACCCGCUGUCGGACCACAAACCGGUAGUGACGGAUCUGCGAAUGCAGAUUGGAGUGGAGAGAGGGAAAGGCUUCUUUCGGUUGAACAGCCAAGUACAGGAGACCCCAGGGGUAAGAGAAUGGAUGACAGACCAUAUGAGGAAGUGGGAGGAAGCGAGAAGGUAUUUUGAGAACGCUGCACAGUGGUUAGAUGGAGGGUUAGCAAUUGCUAUAGGGGUACUAGAUGUGAUAUCUAGAACCUUGGCGAGGGAAAGAAACAGAAAAGAGGCGGACUGCAAGAGAAGAGUCGAGGAGGCAGAGUUGAGAAUGGAGGGACACCCAAUCUCGGCUAUGGUUUGGGCUGCAGAACGGGAGAGGCGUUUGUCGGAGUGGGAUAAUUUGCAACCAGAGAAGGAGAAACGGUGGACAGAGCUACUCAAAGUGAAAGGGAUCGAAACCAAUGACAAGAUGUCAAAGGAGACGUUCCAAAGACUCCAGCCUAGCCGAACGCAUCAUCAGAUGAUCGAGCUCAGACACCCGUUUGACGCCGCGGCUCCACCGGCUUGCUCAGCGUUGGGCAUGCUGCAUUAUGCAAGUCUUUACUACGCGGAUAUCCUCACCACCAGGCGACCGCAAGAUGACGUUAACUCUGACCUCUCUGUGGACUCGGACAUGUGGGAUGACACUUCGGUCAGACUCCAAACCACAGCAAGACUGGACCUGGACAGGCCAAUCACGAUGGAAGAAACAAGGCAAACGCUGAAGUCCAUGGCGAAGGGGAAGUCGCCAGGUGUGGACGGGCUGAUGGUGGAGUUUUACUCAGCAAAUUGGGAGGCACUCGGACGUCAGUUGGUAGAAGUCUACGAUGAAGUCUUGACAGGAGGCCGGUUGGGGAAGGGUAUGACGCACGGCAUCAUCUCGGUCCUGUUUAAGAAGGGUGACAAGGCGGAAGUUAGGAACUGGCGACCCAUCUCCCUCCUUAAUGUCUCAUAUAAGAUUCUGGCAAAAACGCUGGCUCGGAGAUUAGCCAGAUACUUACCGGACCUAAUAGAGAAGGACCAGGGGGCAUUUGUGCAGGGCCGUUCAAUAUUCAAUAAUAUUGUAACGGCCAUCGAAACACUGGAAAUAGUGCAGAGGGAAGAACUGGACACGGCAGGCCUUCUCCUUGAUUUGGAGAAGGCCUACGAUAAGGUGGGGUGGGCGUUCACACUCACCACACUGAGGAGAAUGGACUUCGGACGGGGUUUCUGCGCAUGGGUGAUCGCUAUGUAUACGCUGUCAACUUCGGCAGUCAUGAUCAACGGGCAUGUGUCAGAGGCCUUCCCUCUGUUGAGGUCACUUAGACAAGGGUGCCCGCUGGCGCCACUGGUCUUCGUAUUGCAGUUGGAGGUCCUGUUGAACAAGAUUCGGAGGCAUCCCAACAUUAGAGGCUUGGAACUGCACAGGGGUGAAGAGUGUCGGGUGAAGGCCCUAGCGGACGAUUUGUUUGCGGCCGGAGGAUGUAUGGGUAUGUUGGUUCUUACCUUCUUUCAGGAAGAGGAGAUUGAAGUCAGUGUUCUGGGAAGCUAUCCGGAAAGCCUGGAAGAAGGUCCCCCCGGAUGUGAGGUCUCCACCGUCUACCAAGGACGAAGUGUUGGCUCAGCCAUUUUGGACCAAUCCGGGGAAAGUUUUGCUGCAAAUGGAGCCACAGGGUUGUUCGGGCUCAGCUGGAUCAAGCGUGGGGUAGUGCGGAUCGCGGACAUCUGGUCCACGCUGUUAGGGACCUGGGCACCUGUCUCAGAGAUUAAAGCUUCACUCAGAGGCCUGCACAGAGUAGAAGAGCACAGGGACCAAAUUAUUAAUGCCAUCCCUCAGUCUUGGUUAGAUCUGCUGGGCCCGGAGGGAUUGGAUCCUCCAGGCACGUGGUACACUUCGACACAGGAGGAGGAGGCGAAUGUGGUUUGGAAAGUAACACAAAUCACCGAGAGCGGGUUCAGAAAGGUGGAGAGGUGGAAAUGCGAGGGCCCAAGGAACACGCUGUCAUUUGUGGAAGAAGAAGUGAUCCGCGUCUGGGACAACCCUGCUCAGAUCAGGGUGGUGGUGGAACGGAGCAGACGACCGGCAGCAGAAGUUCUCACGUGGAUAGGAAAGGUUCCUCUGAGAAAACUGUGCAUUGAUCCUACGGCAUGGGGCUGGUACUUGAGAGACUAUACAGUCUCCAACGGAUAUCGUCUAGCGGCAGUGUACUCUCUCUCCCCUUUCUCUCUCUCGCCAUCGCUGCAAGGAAAAGUGAGACCUCUUGGAACUUUCAUCUACUCGAAGGAUCGGAGUGGUGGAGGGCUCGAACGGCGGUUUGCCGCCGGAAACCUGUACGUAGUUCAGAGUGGUGGGGACCACCACAUCCAUUCCUUCGACGAAGCUGAUGGCUCAAUCACUGGCGAUGGCCACGCUCGCUCAUCGAGGGCAGCGGCGUCAGCCUCAUCGUCUUCUUCGUCGUCGUUAGCAGGAGCGGAAGCUGGAAGGACGAAAGAAACCAAGUCAGCUUCCCACCCUUCCUCCUCCUCCUCCUCCUCCUCCUGGGUCCAGAGAGGCGCUUCGUUAUCGGUCGUUACUCGCAGAGACGAGGUGGCGGAGAAGGAGAAGAGAGGCGCUGCCAGCUCUCUGCGGGCAGACUCUUCCUUGUCGUUGCAUUCUGACGAAGAGAAGGAGGCAAACGAGGGGGAGGAGGUGGAGGAGGGAGAGGAGAGGGAGGAGGAGGAGGAGGAGGGAGGGAGGGAGGGGAAACCGAGGAAGAGAGAGGAAGAGAGGGAGGAGGAGGAGAAGGAAAUGAGGGACGGGACAGGGAGGACGAGGGAGAAGAAUAAGGAUGUCGAGAAGCAGAAGAGGGCGAACCGGCCGAUCUACCAGGCCUUCAGCCGGCAAGAGGACUACCUUAUGCCGAAGAUGUAUGGGUGCGCGAGACUUCGUAAUCCGAAGCUUCAGCUCAACUUCGACAAAUGGCGAUGGCAGCCGCAGGACUGCAGUCUGCCCGAGUUCAACGGCGAAGACUUUCUUAAUCGCUUGGUCAAUAAGACGGUGGCCUUCGUCGGCGACUCCUUGGCCUCCGAGCAGCUGCUCUCGCUAAUGUACUUGGUGGGCGCGACGUGGUCGGAGGCCAAGGACCACCGGCAUCGCCGCUCGAAGCAGCGUCACAAGGGGCCGUCGGAUUGCUGGGUGAUCCCGGGGGGCCAAAAGGCAGCGCAGGAGAGACUACGAGCAAGAUUCGCACGCACAACAGGACUCGCUGCGAGGUAUCUGACCGCAAAUGCGACCAAGUUCGGUCAAACGACCGGUGACGGCAGUGGCACUACCUCCUCAGGAGCGGCCAGACCAGGCGCAGGAAGGGCAGAGGAGGAGGGCGGGGAGGGCUCAACAAGUAGUAGACGACGUCUGUCAACAGAUAGACGACUUGGUAGAUCAGCAGAAGACGGACGAAGUGGAGGAGGAGGAGGAGGAGGAGGAGGAGAAGGUGGGGGAGAAGACCGGGAUACGGACGAGCUGCCGCUUGUGAUUCACAGUGAUCUUACCGACUUUGGAACGGAUCAGGAGCCGGGAUCGGGACCUUAUCCGGAACCGGGCGAGGCUCCGACUUGCCCGAAAAUAGGUAGAAGACGCUGGAGCCACUGGUUUCCUAGCACCAACACCACCUUCGCUUUCUUCUUCACUCCAUACGUAGUCGAUCAAUACCAUAACGAUAACGGAUCUGCCAUGAAGAAGACGAACUCCUCAUCGUCGACACGCUCGCUGCUGCAGCAGGGUGACGGCCGCCAUAGCUCGAGCUCGAUCUCGGCAUCGUCUUCCAGCACACUGUUGCCCCCAUUGCCUCAGAAAUGCGGUAAGGGGGGUAUCUUAGACAUUGACAGCCCGGUCGAAUUCUUGAAGAAGAACGUCGAUAGAUUCGAUGUGAUUGUGAUCAGCUCGUUUCAUCACUGGCAUGAGAGGUCGUUGAUGUGCACAAGAGUGCACGCGGGAGGGGUCCCGAUGGCCUGGUCGCCGGCCGAGUCUCGGGACCAGAUGCUGGCGGCGAUGGCCACGUGGCUGGACGAGAAGCUCGAUCACGAACGCCAGCUGGCGUUCGUACGGUCCUUCCCGCCAAAUCAUUUCGUGAAUGGAGCGUGGAACACAGGCGGGUCUUGUCAUCACUUCACGGCGCUGAUUGGACAAGAAGAGCUGAGGAAGUACGCCUUCGCGCGCAGAGACGAAGGAGCGGAGAAGGCGGUGGAGGGCACCAGAGUGCAGUUGUUGAACAUUACGUACCUGAGCAGCUUGAGACCGGAAGCCCAUCCGGCGGACCGCGAUGAGAAGAACUCCACCGGGCCGCAAGAUUGCGUGCAUUGGUGCCUUCCGGGGAUCCCAGACGUGUGGAACGAGAUGCUGUACGCCAGGCUCGUGCUGGCGUCGCGGUCGAAUCCACGCUGGCUGCCAGUUGCAGCCGGGAAUGUCAGAAGGUGACUUCAAGCCUUUACCAUCUCGACA